AUGGGAAAAUAUCAGUCUAAACCCAAUCGCUUUUUUAAUGAUGAAGAAAUUAAAAUGAUUGCCCAAGUCUAUAAUCAAGAUGGGUUGGAUGCAGUACUUCCAUUGAUUAAAGACAAAUGUGACCAUUUGGACAAUGAAAAAGUCACAAUUGCAGUGACAGGAGAAUCAGGUGUGGGCAAAUCUGCCUUCAUUAAUGCCAUGAGAGGCCUGGGACCCAAUGAUGAAGGAGCAUCUAAAGAAAAUAUCAAAGAGGAAACCUCAGAACCGACACCUUAUCAACACCCAACACUUCCUUCUGUCUGCCUAUGGGAUCUGCCAGGAAUUGGAACAACAAGAUUUUCUGCUCGCAAAUACCUGGAUAAAGUUAACUUUAACACAUAUGACUUGUUUGUCUUGAUAACUGGAGAAAGAUUCAAGGAGAAUGAUGUAAAAUUGGCUAAAGAGAUUAAGAAAAUGGGGAAAGAGAUCUAUUUUAUUCGUAGCAAGAUGGAUACAGUUGAGAAAAAACUUUCCAAAACAGGGCAAUAUCUCUGGAUCGAUAUGACACAGUUUUGUGGUCGUUUGGAGUUUGAGCUACCAGAUAAGAAGAAUGUGUUUGUGCUCUCACAGCCAAAUCUUACAGAAGCUGUAAUUGAAAAGAAAAAAAAGGUUCUACGAGCAAAAGUUCUUCUGGCAGCUGUAGUUUCUGGUGGAAUUGGAACAAUUCCCAUUCCUGGCUUAUCUGUUGCUUGUGAUAUCGCCAUCCUAGUAGCCACACUUCUGCAUAUGCGAAGCUACUUGGGACUCGAUGACGAAUCUCUUUGCAGACUUGCCUGUAGAGUUAACAAACCUGUUCAAGAGCUGAAAGCAGAAAUUACAAGCCCAUUUGUGCUUAAUAUCACCCCUUCAUCUGUCAUAAAAUUGAUCACAUCGACUGUUUCUGGUGCUGCAAUGAUUGCUGAUGAGGCCCUUCUGCUAAUACCUGUGAUUGGGUCUGUUAUUGGAGCUACCGUCUCUUUUACUGCAACCUGCUUUUUGUUAAAUAGCGCACUGAAUGAUUUUACAAAGUCUGCAUUGAAUGUGUUGAAAAAAGCAAUUGAAGACAAUUCAGAGGUACUUUAA